GGCUUGUUUUUUUUUGAUAGUCGCUUUAAUUUUUUGAGAGUCGAUGAUUUUUUUGUAAUAGGUGACGUGACUUCAACAGUUAAAAUGGUUGUAGGAGUGGUUUUGGUGAUUGACUGGUGUCAAUGUAUAUGUACGUCAUUAGAAAAAGAAAAAUGGAAUUGGUAAACACCCCCACUCCCCCAUCCCUCUGAAAUGGGUUGGGCUUUUCUCAUGAGACUUGGCAACACAUCCUAUUGAAAGAGUAUACUGAAUAAUUGAGCGGAAGAGAACAAGGAGCAGUGUUUUAAUAUGGUUGUAAACUUAUUGUCCUUUUAAGUUUAGUGCAAUACUAGUAUGAUGUUAUAUUAUAUAUACGUGGAUGUAUUUACUAGUAUAUACAGUAUUAGUAGUAUUUAAAUAAAUAUCCGCCUAAUAUACACAGUGUAACAGUAUAUACUACGGGAUACAGUUUUCCCAGUUCAACCAGAGCGCGUUAUGUAUCAAAGUCCAGUCCGGCUGUGCUCGACCCUGCUACAGAGAGACAUCCCGGUACUUUGUUCCUCUUCGUUGGGAUCACCUGUCAGAAGAGCGGCCGAGUUCAAAAAGCUUUCUACCCCAGCACCUUUGUUUGGCCAUACCGUUUGUACGGACAAUCUAACCACCGGCAAAACAGUGACUGCUGCCACGGCCAUAGGACCACCUUUGCCUGUGUCGGUGUGCUCAAGAACAGUGUGUUCCAUGGGCAACAGCACCAGCAGGCUGUACAGCGCCCUGGCCCAGACGUUAAGCAGCAGUCCCGCUCCCCAGCAGGAGGAGUACGGCGAGCAUGUGGUGCCCAUCAACCCAGAUGACCUCCUCAAGGAGUGCAAGAAGGCCCUGCUCAACCGGCCAGCCAGAGUGCAGCGAGCCUUUGCUUUCCCUAGAAACAACAGGCCCAGCACCCCCCACCGGCCAAUCCGAGUCAUGCAGUGGAACAUCCUCGCACAAGCUCUUGGGGAAGGAACAGACAAUUUUGUUCAUUGUCCUCUGGAUGCUUUGAACUGGGCAGAGCGCAAGUACCUCAUCCUUGAGGAGAUUCUCUUGCACAGACCAGAUAUAUUGUGCCUGCAGGAGGUAGAUCACUACUUUGACACCUUCCAGCCUAUCCUGAACAGCAUGGGCUACCACUCCAGCUUCUUACCCAAGCCCUGGUCGCCCUGCCUGGACGUGGAGCACAAUAACGGACCAGACGGCUGCGCUUUGUUCUUUAAUCGAGACAGGUUUGAACUGGUGGACAGCACUAACAUACGUCUGGUAGCCAUGAUGCUGAAGACCAACCAGGUGGCUAUAGCUCAGACCCUGAGGUGCAAGGAGACAGGGAGGCUGUUUUGUGUUGCCGUCACGCACCUCAAAGCUCGCAGUGGCUGGGAGAGGUUCCGUUCUUCCCAGGGCUCCGAUCUCCUUCAGAAUCUGCAGUCCAUCACAGAGGGGACUGGCAUCCCCUUGCUGAUUUGUGGGGACUUCAAUGCAGAGCCCACCGAGGAUGUCUAUAGAGACUUUGCGACCUCCAGCCUCAACCUGAACAGUGCCUAUAAGCUGCUCAGCGAGGACGGCCAAUCCGAGCCCCCGUACACCACAUGGAAGAUCCGCCCGUCUGGGGAAAGCUGCCACACGCUGGAUUACAUUUGGUACUCCCAGCAUGCCUUCAGCGUGGACUCGGUUCUGGACUUCCCUACAGAGGAGCAGAUCGGACCCAAUAGGCUGCCGUCUUACAACUAUCCUUCAGACCACCUGUCAUUAGUCUGUGACUUUAGUUUUAACGAUGAGCCAGACAGACUUUUAUAGGCUUAAGACUUCACAGCACUGUGUGUGCACAUUUAUUUAUUUUUAAUUCCUAUUUUAUGUUUUGUUUUAUUUAUUUUUUUUAAUAUAGUGCUGCUAAUCUCAAAGGGUCUAUGGUAGCAUCUAUUCUGUUUUAAAUAAUAUCACUAAUUUCUUUAUUACUGGUGAAGACCAUGAAAAUAUAUUGUGUGCAGAAAUAUUUUAUAUAUAUAUAUAUAUAUAUUAAAGCCACUGUCCCUAUUGUUUAAUACAUGGCUUGUGUAAAACAUGAUUUAAUUAACUUUUUAUUUUACUUUAAAAACAAAUGCACAGAAACAUUUCAAUGCCUCUACAUUUACUUUCACUUCAUUAUAAAACGCAUUUGCACAUUAUUAAAGCUGAUAUGCACUUGUUUUGUACACACGGCUAUUUUUCAUGUAAAGCAUCCUGGAAUAAGCGUUGGAUGCCCCUGCAAGUUUGUGGAGCUUGGUAGUAGGAAAGUUGUUGCUCAUUUCACCUCACCGAGACAUAAUCCUUACUUAUUUUCUAAGGAUCGCUGAAUAGACAACUGUCUGCUCAUUGAAUACAUUAUAUAUGCAAAUAAUUUUAAUGAGUAAGCCUUCUAUCCAGGGACACCAUGAUGAAGUAUGCUGUAAGUAAACUGAGUUGGUUGAAAUGAGCAACAAAUCUCCCACAGGUCCAAAACUCUUUCCUCCUGAAAACACUGUAGCCUUGCAAUAGUAAAAUAUGAUAAAGAAAUGUAUUCAAUUAAUUUUCCCAAUAAGUUUUACAUAUGUAGGUUAUUAAAUGUACAGUAAUUGCAGUAAAUAAUGUAUGUUUUUUUUUACUAUUUACAGACUCGGCCCAAGUACAGAACCUUAAUUUAAAUACCGUGGCACCCCUUGUAGAAAAUAUGUACGUCUGUAAGGCCAUACAUAAUACACUUUUCAUUUGGUUAUGAUGACACUUUGAGUUGGUAUUUUUUUUUUUUUUGUAAGAUGUCAAUCUAAUCAACACAUUUUGGAUGUCAAAUUCCUUGAUUUGCAUCAGUUUCAAAUAAUUGAAAAAAAGAAAAACCUGUUUGAUUCUUUUAAUUGGAUGGAUACUGUAUGUGGUGUGCCUGGGCAGUUAAAGUUUCAGGGUUUUGUGAAAUCAUAGAGGCAGCUUUAUUCCUGUUUUAUGAUUGCAGUGUUUUAUAUGCAAUUUCUCUUUAAACAAUAACUGUGCAAAUGUCACAAGCUGUACUUUUCAUCAAUUUUUUUAAUACUGUAUACUGGUCCCAUUUAAAACCACUGUAAUACAUUGUCAAUAUUCCGUACCCAACUUUGUGUAGCAGAAAGUGGUGCAAGUCCUGUGUUAGUUACUCUCUUCUUUUAGCAGAGCUUGUGUUUUCCAGAUGGAUAUUGUCCAGUCAUUGUUACUAACGAGAACAGACACUUCCUGAUGCAAGAGACCCAGACCCAGCAGGUUGUGCUGUAUUAAAAAGCCUUAUCUGAAAUAAGCUACCACUAAUGUUCUGCCACAUAUAUUAUGUUCAGAAUGAUUAUUUGAAUAAAAGAAAAAGAACACUUAAGAUCAAAGAACAAAAUUCUGUUUAUAAAGCUGUUUUUUUCAUCUAUUAAUCAGAGCAGAAGUUAUACUGUAGUAACUAGUGGUGCAAUCGGCACCCUAAUUUCGUAUUCGGUUAUAGUAUAGACAUUUAUCAACGAUAAUCGAUGCAUUGACAUUUUAUUUUUCAAAAUAAAGAACAACUAAAAACACCAUUGUCCAUAAUAGUUAAACAAAGGCACAACUUCUAUUUAAAUUAGAACACUUCCGAUUUAUUAAAAAAAAAAAUAAUAAUACAUUGCGUAGAGUGCAGGAUGUGCCCUAUAGUCUGGACAUUGCCGGUUUGAGUCCAGGCUAUUCCUUUGCCGACCGUGGACGGGAGCUCCCAGGGGGCGGCGCACAAUUGGCUGAGCGCCGCACGGGGGGAGGGAGGGUUAGGUUUGCCAGGAUGUCCUCGCCUCACCGCGCACCAGCGACCCCUGUGGUCUGGCCGGGUGCCUGCGGGCUUGCCUGUAAGCUGCCCAGGGCUGCGUUGUCCUCCGACGCUGUAGCUCUGGGUGGCUGCAUGGUGAGUCUGCAGUGUGAAAAAAAGGGGGCGGCUAACGGCACACACUUCGGAGGACUGCACUCUCACACACUCAAGGUUUAAAUGCUAACCGGCAACAGGAGACAUCAAACUGGGUUCUAAUUUGAUGCAUCGAUUCACGAAUAUGUAAUCGAAGCUCGGGAAAUUUAAGGACAGAUGAUCAAUAAAUCGAUGCAUCGAUUAAUUGUUGCACCUCUAGUUGUAACCAGAUGCCUUACGCUGGAAAUAUUGUUGUAGGUUUUCAUAAUGGAAGAGAUGUUACAAUAUUUGCUACAGAUAAGGGGACCUUGAUGUAUGUGUGUGUGUUUACAUUCAGGUGUAUUUUAUUUGAAUUAUAUUUAUGCCUUCACUAAAAACAUGUAUGUAUUAGAAUUGCCCUUAUGUCUGAAUAAUUUACUAAAGUUUAUUAAAUUAAUUGAACUACAAUAUUGA